GUCUAGGCAAAAGAUUACUAAAAAGCCCACUUAAGCGGAAUCUCGCUAACCUUCACUAAAUUUUGUUGUGCAAUUGAUAUAUCCGAGCUGAUCAAAAUGUUAUUAUCAUCAAGACCUCGUUGCGGUGCGUACGAUAAUGAAUGUAUUCCAAAUGUAUCCAUCAAUUUUUCGUAAAACUAUUCGAAAUUCUUUAUGUGGCUAUCACCAAAAUGUGCAAUAGUGAAAAUGACAGUGACGGGGUCCCUUACUCGUUUAAAGUGUUUCGGUAUGAAAAAAUCGUACCGAAUAAAGCGUGCAAAUUGCCGUUUCCUCGGAGUGGACAUAGAAUCGGGGCGGACUCCUCGAACUUUUAUUCGUUUGGGGGCUACAACCCCCUAGUUAGGGACGUAGUGUCGCAACGUGAAGACGAAGAUGACUUUUGGAUACAGUCCUAUCCGUUGUUCCAAGAACUGUGGAAAUUUAAUUUUGCAUCCAAAGAAUGGACCAAGUUCAAGAAUAGUGAGACUCUUCCCAUGGAAUUGGCAUCAAAUGCCCUUAUUCUACAUGGAAAUAUCUUGAUGGUAUAUGUUUGUGUGUACGGUGGCACUGGAUCCCCUUUUGGAAUUCGGUGUAGCAAUCAGUUGUAUGUAUGUAAAGUAAACGAUGAGAAUGGUCCGAUGGCGGAAGUGCAGACCACUGGACAACUGCCCCUACCCUUAUAUGGACAAGCCCUUAUCUUCCACAACGAUUAUCUCUACACAAUUGGAGGUACGACGGGGUUGUCAUACACAUGUGAUAUUCACAGGUUAAAUAUUAAGACCAUGAACUGGGAAAUAGUGUAUUUAUGUAACGGUUUAGGAGAAUACGAACCAAAGGGAAGAUAUAGACACGAAGUGGGUUUCGACGGUAGAAAUAUUUACAUAUUAGGCGGCGGUACCACCGAGGAAGCGUAUGGUUUCCAGCACAUUCCCACUUUUGAUGUAGAAAAAAACGAAUGGUUUAGACAAAAAACUCUAAGAGAUAAACACCGAGGUUUUCCGGAUCCGAGGCGGUGCCACGGCGCCGUGCAAAUAGCCUGCAAAGGCGUCGUACAGAUCUUCAUUACCGGCGGCCACGACGGCGAGAACAUAUUCGACGACCUGUGGCGGUUGGACGUGCAGACCUUCCAAUGGACGUUCUUCGAUUUGUGCAGACUGCCGCGGCCCACCUACUUCCACGCCACUGCCGUCACGCCCGAAGGCAGACUGUACGUGUUCGGCGGCAACUAUAGCGUUAACGACGACGUUCGGCGCAGUAACGCCGUCUAUUCGACAUGGCUGUGUAUUCCCAAGCUGAGCGAAAUUUGCUGGGAGGCGGUUUUACAUUAUACUCCCGAUAUAAGUAGACUUAAAACUGAUGAUUUGAUCGAUAUGGGGUUACCGAGGCGGUUUGUGCAGAGGUUGGAAAAAAGCUAGUGCGACAAUAUUUACAAUAAAAUUGAAGAGUGUAAUCAAAUAAAGAACAAAAGAACGAAACGUAUCGCAGAUUUCUAUGUGAAAUACACUAAAUUAUUUGUUUCUUAUAUCUACCGAUAGGGGGGUCGAUUUAUGUUUCUCUUUUUAGGUGUCGAUUGAUUGCCAGCUGUCUUUCCAUUAAGGGCCGCCUGUUAAAAUAUUCAAUAUGUUUUAAAUGUAUUCAUCUUUUUCGACUCCGGAGAAAACUAAUAAGUAUUUUUAAAAAAUUUAAACGCAGAAUGAAAGAUUUCAUUAUUACCGAGGGCCGAAAGUCCUUUAAAAUAACCAAAAAAAUUGUUUUGAAUGAAAUAUUUGAAAUUAAAAGUCACACUAGAUUUUCUUUUAUUUUCACCCCUGUAUCUUAUUAAAAUACACAUCAUAGAAGUUUUCAGGAACUUUCUGCCCUCGGUAAUAACGUAAUCUUUAAUUCUGCGUUUAAAUUGGUAAAAUAUACUUAUUAGUGUUCUCAUGAUUCGAAAAAAAUUAAUACAUUUAAAACACAUUGAGCAUUUUGACAAGCGACAUUUUGCACCUAUGCUCUGAAGUAUGCAGAAAUGAAUAAAAUUUCUUGAAACCAUCCCUUUCUAUGUUUUUUAUUUUCACUUAUUCUUCCACAAUUUUUUUUCACUUGCUUCUUGUACUUGUAUCUCUUGGUUCGACUUUUAUAUCAUCAAUUUGUUGUUUUUCAUUAUAUAAAGUCGUUCUUUUUUAUUUUGGGUUAUAUUUGGACAGAUUCCAUAGAUUUUGUCUUUUUAUUUUGAGUUAUAAUUGAAUAUGAACUUUUAAUACCUCCCUCGUAACCUCGAUGAACAAGAGAUUACAAAAGUUGUAAAUAUAACUUUUGAGCCUUUCUCUAUCUGAUGAUUAAUUGGUUCAAUUUUAUAUUUUAUUUUUUUGCUCUUGUUUUACCUUACCAUUUCAUUAAUUGACAAUUUGUCAAUCUAUAAAUAUAUUCCUUAAAGAUUUUGUUGAUUAUGGGCUAUAUUUGAAUGCAUUCCAUGUGGUUUCUGUCUUUUGUCCGUUAGUUUUCAUAUAUAGAUUCUCCGGAACAUAUUAUUGGCUAUGAACUUUUGGUGUCUCCCACGUAUCUUCUAGAUCUGUACUACGAGGAAUAUACAAAAGUUGUGAAUACAAAAGUUGUUAGAUCGAAAAACAUCUUUUGUAUACUUAAUUUCUUAGCGUUCCUUGUAUCUGGUGAUUAUUUGGUUCAAUUAUUUUUUAUUUUGUUUUUUUUUGCUUUUGUUGUAACUUAUUAUUUCGUCAAUUGAUCUUUUGUUAUCCUAUAAAGUCGCUCUUUCUACAUUUUUAUUUAUUAUUCUCCGGAACGUGUUGUCGAAUUUGAACUUUUAGCGUUUCCCGCAUAUGUUCCAUAUCUAUGCUACGAGGGAUUUGGAAAAGUACUGUAGACAAUAAUUGUUAAAAAUUGCAAAGUGACUAUUGUAUUCUUUACUUCUUAGAGUCCCGACGUAUACGGUAAUUAAUCGCUUCGUCGUAGUACCUGUUGUCUUAACUCACCUUUUGUUCAAUUAUUUUUUUGUCACUCUAUAAGUUGUUCUUUCUAAUUUUUUUAUAUCAUCGGUUAUAUUUGAAUACAUUUCAUAUGGUUUUGCACCUUAAUGUUUGGAAUACAUUGUCCUUGGAUCAUGUUAUUCAAUAGGAACUUUAAAUUUCCCCCACGUAUGCUCGAGAUUUGUACUACGAGGGAUAUCCAAAAGUUAUGAA